AAAAACCCAAAAUAUUGGAAGCGAUAGAGAAAUAAAAGGGGGAAAAACCCAAAAUAUUGGAAGCGAUAGAGAAUCAAAUGAUCCGUAGUUCUUCCUUUGCUUGCAUUUGAAAGAUUCUCAUCACUCCAAAGAGAGCUUCCAUUGUGUAGCGAUUCGAAAAGUUCCAAUUAUUUUUCCAACAAAUUUAUAGAAAUCAAUCAAUGUGGCCAUUAAAACCCUAAAUCCCCAAAUCCUCAGCUAUGGUGUUGAAGAAGUGUGAAACCCACUAUGAUCAUCAGAAUCAACAAUUGAUCAACUCGAGGUUUUCAGCGGAUACGAUCAAAUUUGAAUGGAUUCGAAGAAGAAGAUGCCGAAUUCAUCAGUUAUAGGUCAGGAGGAAAAAAGUAAAGAAAUAGAAGUUAAUGGUGAUCACGAAUUUGUUAAAGUUAUAGAUUGGGAAGAAUACGAGCAAGAAUUAGCGCGAUUUUGUAGUCUCACCUCUGCCCUCCACGAAGCUAAGCAGAAGAAAUCACAACUUCAACAGAAAUUGGAGUCCCUCAUUCAGGUGGAAUCUGAGUCAUUAAGCCGGUCAAAUGAGCUUGAUGAGAUGCGUGAAAAACUGCAGUCUCGACAAUUGGUGAUGGGAAACAUGUCAAUGCAUUCAAAAGUUGCCGAAGAGAAAGUAAAAAAACGAGAAGAACAACUUAGUAGUGAAAUUAGAUCACUCUUAGUUGCUGGAACUGCUCUUUCUGUGGCUACCAAGCACCUGCAGGAAGGUAGUGGAGCCCUUGCUGGUGAGAAAGGCUAUGCUCAUCUGAAAACCUUGCAAAAAUUACUGAGGGUACGGCAGCAACAUAUGGUUUCUCAGAUUUCCUUACUUUAUCCAGUAAAGUUUGUCCUUGGGCAUUCUCCUGAACAAGAACUUGAAUCAUUUAGCAGCAGCAUUAAAUCAGGUGCUCCUGCUGGAUCCAGACCUCUUGAUCAGGGGUCCUUGACAAUUGCAGGUCUGCAUCUCACUGUGAUUCCAUUUACAAAGAUGAGCUUUUUCACUGAUAAGAAGGAAGUCCAACGAUCUUCAACAGCCCUUGGAUACGUGGCGCAUGCUGUCUCGCUUAUCGCGUCAUACUUGCAAGUCCCAUUACGAUAUCCUUUGCGAUUGGGUUGUUCCCGAUCAUAUAUUCGUGAUUAUGCACCCUCUGUUGAGUCUCAGCCAACUGAUUCAACAUCAAAUUCGUUGGUGUUGACGAACUCAAAGCCUGUAGAAUUUCCACUCUUUUUGGAAGGGCAAGACGCCACCAGAGCAGCUUAUGCGGUAUUCUUGCUCAAUAAGGUUUGCUUCUAAUUAGUUGGAUCAAAACUCCAUACCAAUUUAUUGUAUAGUAUUAUAUUGCUUGUAUGAUUAUGAUGUCUAUAUUCGGUGAAAUUACAUUGUUGUACUGAAGUUUGAUCUUGCCGUAUUUAACCUCCUUCAUUUGAAAUAUUGUUUCCACUUUUGGAUUUUGAACCAGAUGCUUUGUGUGAGAUUUGAUCAAACCACAUAUUUACCGUGGAUAGUUUCAGUGAGAAUCUACGUACUUGUUUUCGGUAAAACAAAAAUGCUUGAGAAUUUGAUUAUGCUGUAAAUCUUAUAUACGUUAAAAUGAUUUAUACUAGUUCUCUUGCCUUAGUUUUUCUUCAGUGUUCUUUUUGUUUUGGCAUAAUGUCAACCUUUUUUUUGCUUUCUUUGUUGUGUUAGAUUUUUGGCAGAAUUGAAAAAAAAAAAGUAAAUAACCUGCCAUUAAAAAUAUAGGUCAUAAGUAAAUAAGGGACUUAUUGCUGGUUUGUUGUUGUCUGAAAAAGAGAACUGCUUGCGUAAAAGAUCUUAGAAGUAAUGUUUAUCUUUUCUAUCUAAUCAGAACAAGUGCAGCAAUUUGAUAAGGAUUCAAUAUAUAUGUUUGGUCCAAAUGUAUCAUUUAGUUUUAGAAUCUGAUGAUAACUAGGACCUAGACUCUUUCCAUUGAGCUCAUCUUCUUCCUUUUAAUCUUUUAUUGAGAUAACUACUCUGGCUGAUUAUGGUUUCUCUACUGCAAUAUAUUACCAUCCUUCUCUGUUAUCACAAGAAAAACCUUGUAUGUAAUCCUCUGAACUCUAGAUGAUGUGGUGUUAUCGGGGGGCGCCAUACCAACUUUAGAUGUGAGAUAUGUUUGUUGAGCCCUUGACAUUAAAGUCAAAUUGAAGAAAUGCUUUUAUUUUCACAUAGCAUGACUGUAUUCCAUACCAGGAUUGUGAUCCAUGUUAAGUGCAGUAGAGGCUUUGUCGUUGCUCCUGCAAAACUCUAGUGUGCCCUUAUUUAGCCUUAACAAAACCAUCAAUACAUUGUGCACUGUGUUUAAUUUAUACUUCUACAUUACACACGAGCAUAUGGGAACAUGUUAUGCUUUUAGCGGAUUCUUUUCUCUUUCAAUGCUAAUGAAAGAUGAAAACAUGUCUUUUAACUGAUGUCAUAUAUGCUCUUGCAGGAUUUAGAGCAGCUAUUAAAUUAUAUUGGAGUUAAGAGUUUAGGGCCACGCCACGUUUUGGCUAAUUUGAAGGAGCUUCUAAGAACUGUUCUAUCACCCGAGUACAUAAACACAUGAACAGGAGGAAGCUCCCAUCAGUGUCAGUAAAUGUGUUUUUUGGUCUUGUAAAUCGAUUCACUACUUGUAUUCUUAGAUUGGUGCCAAUUUUUCAUAGGAGCACCUUUCAACUCUAGUGUUUAGAGGAAUGCAUAUUAUGCAUGGUAGAAAAGUUUUGAUUGUUACUUUUUCCUCUCCAUCUCUCGUUUAGGAUUUUUUUAAAAUUUUAAUUUUGUAAUUCAUUACGAAGACUCCAAUGUUUCUACAU